AUGGAGCCCCCUUGCAGUCCUGACACAUACAUCCCCGCCUCCCUGCGCCCUUCAGAAUCCAUGAGUAAUACCAUGCCAGUGGGCCCCGCCGCCACAGACCGGCGCAUUCUGGUCAUCCAACGGGCCCUGUCGGCCUCCGUGGGUGCCCACAGAAUGCAGAAGCUGGAUCUCAGGCACCCACUGACCCUGGUGCGCGUCGUGGUCAGCGACGAGUUCGGCGUGGACCCACAGCUGGCGGCGCUGGGCCUCCUGGGCGCGCUGUUGGAGUCACAGGCCGGCCAGAAGCUGCUGACUCAGCACAUGGGGGUGCUCUGGAAUGACCUGGUUUGUGCCAUGUGGAAGGGGCCCCCCACCAAUGUCAGGGUCUCGACUGGGCUCCGCACCUUCCUGACCAGCCUUGCAGGGCUCCUCAUGCCCGAUCCUGGGCCAGUGGGCGGCAGCAUGGCCGAUCUCCUGUACCAGUGGUUUGUGCCGGUCCUGACCAGAGGCUGGGCCAAGCGUGGGGAGGAGCUGACGCCGCUGCAGGUUCAGAGCAGCCUGCAAGUCCUCCUUGGAGGCAUCACAGGCGAGUGCCCGCAGCGUGGUGCCAAAGAGACCAUGGAGCACCCCCCCGCCCUGCAUGCUGACUUCCGGAACAUGGUGGACCUGCUGCUGGGCUGGGGCCUGGACCCCUCCUUCCCGCCGGCGCUCAGGCUGUUCUUUCUGCUGCGCCGCGCCCCCCGCUGCUGGCUGGCAGACCUGGCCUGGGCGCGGUCGCUGCUCGCCAGCCUGGCGCUCGACGCGCGCUGGCGGCCCGGCCCCGACGGCACGGGCCCCGCGCUGGUGGUGCUCUGCUGCAUGCUGCCCAUCUGGCACGGCCUGGCCGGCUCUCCGGAUGCGCACAUCGUGGACGAGGCGCGGGCCGGGGCGGCGGCCACUCUGGCGCGCCUGCGCCUCCGUGACCUGGCCGCCGACCCGGCCGUCGCCCUGGCCCAGCUGAACGACCUGGUCCUCAUCCUGCGGGGGCUGGGCUCGCUGCUGGGGGGCCCCGGCGAGGAGGCCGGUGCGGCGCGGGGUCUGCACGAGAUCGGCGACAAGGGAGUGGGGGUGGAGGCUGAUGAGUGGCUUCCGUGCACCGACCGCAUCCAGGCGACCCUGCGGUCGGACGGCUGGCAGGCCCGGUGCGGGGGCGACCGCCGGCCCCCAGACCUGGCGUGGUCGCUGGAACUGGCCCCAGCCCCCGGCCCCCUCGCGGAGCUCAGGGCCCAGGCCGCGGCCCUGCUCCUGCGGGCCCUGGCGCUCGCGGCGCCCCGGUCAGCCUCCGCCGCCGGGAGCGUGCUGGAGGACCUGGCAGCGCUCCUCACCCCCUGCGACGGCCACAUCGACCACGGCGUGGCGCGGCAGGCGCGGUCCGCGAGCGGGCGGCUCCUGGGUCUAGCCGCGCACCCGGUCUGGGCCGUCCGGAGCAUGGCCGCGUGGGUGUACGCGGCCUCGCAGGUCACCCCGUGCACGGAGGUGCAGGCCUGCGCCGAGGCGCUGCGCAGCGGCGGCGCGGCGGUGAGGGGGCCGAGCGGCGGGGCCGGCGCGGGCGAGCGGGACGCGAGGGAGGGCCGCAGGGUGCUGCUCACGCGCCUGUGGUGCCUCGAGGCGCAGUGUCGGGGCAUCCCGGACGCCGCGUACGACCGGCCGGCCUUCCACGUGCUGGCCGACGCCGUGGUCGGGGCCGCAGCCGCGGACGCGGACGAGGCGCUGAUGCGCACGGUGCUGCUGCAGCCCGCGCUGCACGCGCCGCUCGUGCGUGGGCCCGUGGAAGGCCUGGAGACGACGCCACGGACCCUCAGCCCCGGCGACCCAGACACGCUGGCCGCGCUGCUGAGCCACGGCGUGGAGGCGCUGGCCCGCGCGUGCGUCGCGGCGCGGCUGCGCUCCAGCGCCGGGUCCGCCGCCGAGCUGUUUGGCUCGCUGGAGGCCGCGCUGGGGGCCUGCUCUCCGGGAGACGAGCCCCGGGAGGCCCACGCGGCGGCGCGUGGGGACGAGCUCUACCCCGCCCCCGCCCGCGCGUUCUUCGCGUCCAACAUCGGGGAGCUCCGCGGCCGGUUUGCGCGCCUGCGGGCCCCCGCCCUCGCCGCCGCCGAGGCCCUGCGCCUGGACGCGCACGUCGCCGCCGCCUCCUACGCUGCCGUCCUGGGGUCCGGCGGGGCCGGGCUGCCCCAGGCCCUGCGCCUGGCGCUCGAGGAGCUGCACGCGGAGGCCUGCGCGGAGCUGGGCGACGAGGCCGGGCUGGCCACUGCGCUGGAGGCCUGCCGCUCCCUCGCCCGCUGGACGGCGGCCGCCUUCCUGCAGGAGGACCGGCGGAAAGACGGCGCGCCGUGCGCCGUCGCGGCCGGCGCCGACGCGCGAGCCCUCGCGCUCUCGGGCCCCACCUGGCACGAGCCGGGGUGCGAGCACGUGCGCGUGGCUGGGUUUGCCUCCGGGACCGUGGAUGUGCUGCAGACCAAGACCCGGCCCAAGCUGGUGCACCUGCUGGGGGAGGACGGCGUGGCCCGGCCCUUCCUGCUCAAGGGGCGGGAGGAUGCGGCAGCGCACGCCUGGCUGCUGCGCCUGGCGGACUUGACGCGGCGCGCGGCGGCCUCGGCCUCGCCCACGCUGCGCGACGCCGCGCCGGCCUACGGUCUGCUGCCCCUGGGCCCCCGCGCCGCUCUGGUCCAGUGGCUGCCGCGCGUCACGCCCCUCAUGGAGCUGCACUCCCGGGCCGCCGCGGCGGCGGCGCGCCAGGCGGCGCUGGCGGGCGAGGCCGCCGCAGCGGCGCGCGACGGCCGGGCCUUCGAUCCGGCCGUGGAGCGCGGCGUGCCGCGCCCGCCGCGCGCUGCAGAAGCCUUCAAGGCCGCCCUGCGGGCCCAGGGCGUGGACCCCGCCGCGCCGCGCGCCGAGUGGCCGGCGUCCGCCCUGCGCGCCGUCUUCGCCCGGCUCCAGCACGGCGCCGCGUCGGACUUCAUCGCGGCCCGGCUGCUGGCCGGGGCCUGGGGCCCGGGCGACUGGGUCGGGACCGGGUGGGUGCUGGGCGUGGGAGACCGCCACCUGGACAACAUCUUGCUGCGCGAGCGCGACGGCCGCCUCACCCACGUCGACUUCGACCUGGUGUUUGACAGGGGCAGGGAGCUGAACGUCCCCGAGACAGUGCCCUUCCGGCUCACGCGCUGCAUGCUGCUCGCGCUGGGGCCCGUGGGCGCGGGCGGCCCCUUCGCCGGCGCCUGCCACGCCACGCUGGGCGCGCUGCGCUCCCACGCCGACGUCAUGCUGGGCGCGCUGGGCGUGGCCCUGGACGACCCGGGGAUCCGCUGGCGCGUGGAGGGGGCGCAGGCGGGCGUCAGCGGGCUCUGGGCCAAGGUGGCCGUGGCGCGGGCGGAUGCGCUGCGUCUCACCAGCGCCGCGCGCACGCUGGAGCGGCUGCUGCCCCGGAUGGAGCAUGCGCUGAUGCCCCUCGGCAUGCACAUGCUGGGCGCGGCUGCCACGAAGAAGGCGCAGGACGCGGGCACCACGGAGCUGGAGAAGGGUUCGAAGGCCGACCGGCAUGCGCAGGAUGCGACCACCGUGGCAGCCUCCGCGACGGGCGCCGCAGCAGCAGCCGCGGCGACCGCGAGGUCCGCCGCCGCAAAGGCCAGGGAGCGGGCUGAGGCCGCGGGCGCGGCGCUCGCCCGCGAGCACCCGCGCCUGCAGACCGCCCUGGCCGAGAGCGAGGUCGCUGCUGUGGCGCACGCCCAGCUGCUGGACUCCCUGCUGGGACCGAGCCACGGCGGCGCCGCGGCCCUCGUCCAGGCCGUCGACCCGGGCGCCGCGCCCGCACUGGCCCUGGGGCCCAUGGUCGCGGGGUGGCGGGGCGUGCCACCCGACGCCCUUGCCCGCGCCCGGCUCCAGGCGGCGGGGACCGAUGCCGAGCUGGCGGGCCUCUUGGACAGGCGCGGCCACUGCACGCUGGUCCUGGCCGAGGCCCUGGCGCGGUACCGGGGCGUGGCGGCCCUCCUCCCGCCCGGUACGAUCCGCGGCCACUGCACGCUGGUCCUGGCCGAGGCCCUGGCGCGGUACCGGGGCGUGGCGGCCCUCCUCCCGCCCGGUACGAUCGUGCGCACCACCUUCCCCGCGCGCGGCGCCGAGGCGGCCAGGGCAGCGCUCGGCGUGAGCCUGGGCGAGGCAUGUGCGCGUGGAGGAGAUGGCGCCGUCGUCCGUGCCACCGCCGCGCACCUACGUGACCUGGCCGAAGCUUGCCGCCAGAUGGUCGAGGGCAAGGGAGGGGCAGGUAGAGAGGCAGUGAGGGAGGCAGGUGGCAGGUCACGAAGCCCACCACAAGCCUGGCCCGGCCUCGAGGCCGGCGCCGCACCGGGCUCAGAGCAACAAUCCCUGCGGUCGGCGAGCGACCCCGACUCGGACCUAGACGCGCUGCUGGGCCGGAGCCAGCGCCUGGUGCUGGGCUGGGGCUCCCUGGCGCUGGACCUGCGCCCCGCCUUCCCCUCCGACCUGCUCUGGGGCGAGGGGCGGCUGGCGUGGCUGGCCCCCGCGGUGCAGGGCAUGGACGCCCUGACCACGGCGGCCGCGGAGCUGCGGCUGGCCACGCUCACCCCGAACGACCUCCAUGCCCUGGAGCGGAUGAUGGGGGUGCUACCGGAGCUGACCUCGGAGUGCGGGGAGGUGGUGGACGACCUGAGCCGGUUUGACAGCUCCACCCUAAGUCUGUACGAUCAGGAGGGGGCGUGGGGCGGGCCGGCGGCGGCGGCGUUCGCGGGCGUCCUGCCGGACAUCCUCGCUGUCCCGCCGCGCCUGGCUGCGCUGGGUGAGAGGAUCGCGGAGCUGCGCGCCGCGGCGUCGGCGGCUCGGGGUGCGGGGCGCGCCGGGGGCAGCGCGCCCCGCCCCGCGUCUGUGCGGGAGCUGAUCCCGGUACUGUUGGCCGAGGCGGCGGAGAUCGCGACCAGCUGCGAUGCCUGGCAGGCGGCGACGCCGGCGCUGCUCACCCUGGCGGACGAGCACCGGGGCAGGGCGAGGCUGCUGAUGGCCUCCGCCAAGGCCGAGGAGGAGCGGCGGGGGCUGCGCGACGAGGUGGCUGCCGCGGCCGCCGACAUCGCCGCCCUGGCGGCGGGAAAGAGCCUGGAGCACGGGGCCGAGGCCGCGGCUCGGCCGGUGCCUCCGAUGGAGGCGGACCUGGCGGCCGCGCCGCGCCCCGUCGCCACCUCGCUCUUCCAGGCCCAGCCCCGCGCCAAGCCGGAGUGGAUCAGGGCGACGAUGCAGCGCGUGGGCGGACGGAUGCAGGGCCACCAGCCCGUGGAGGUGGAGGUGGCGGGCCUGGUCCGGCAGGCCACCAACCCCAGCGCCCUGGCCGCCAUGUAUGAGGGCUGGAUGGCGUGGGUGUGA